AUGGAGAUUGACGCUUUUUCUCCUGGCAACAGCAGUCGUUUGCUGCCCAUCCCAGAGCCACUGGAGCUACUUCAUACCAGUAUUGGACCUCCUUCGCCAUCGGAAUACCCCAACGUCUUUGACGAGUCCAAGGACAUGCUACUGUCGGCCAUUCUCAUUUAUGGAGUCAUUGAUUUGCGGACAUUGGCCAAGCAGGGACUGUUGGUGGAUGCGAAUACUGGUAGUAGUGACUGUUAUCUGCUUCAACAGUUGCUGCAACUUCCCAUUUCCGCCAAGGAUGUGGUGCGCUUGGUGGCGCGCCAUCGCAAGCAGAUUGAAGAGCACAUUGGCCGCGACUCGACCGAGCUCUACUUGGAUGCCUUUGAUGCCAUUCAGUCUUCUUCGAGUUCAAGGGAACUCGAAUUGGAAUUCCGACGAGGACAGGUAUCUCUGGUGGAUUUCACCGUGUGUGCUGUGCAAGAUGACAAUAUCGAGACCGAACUAGUCUAUGCCAUUUGUGUCGACACGGCACGGAGACGCAUCACAGUCAUCUUUCGGGGAUGUUCGACCCGCAAGGAUUGGACGAUAUGUGCCACGAACAUACUCAAGGAACAACUCAAUCCACUGUUUCGAUUGGAUCUAGAAAAUCAACAACCAGAGUACAUUGCCAUUCACUCGGGAUAUUGCGACUACUUGUUCAAUGCCAACAAUCAAGCCAGUGGUGUGAGCAAAUUUGAAGAAUUGGCGACUCGGCUGGAAGCAUUGCAGCAAGAAUACCCUGGAUAUCGAAUCUACGUGACGGGACAUUCCCUGGGGGCUGCUCUGGCGACCGUUUUUAGUUUUCAAGCCGCCGCCACGGGUCGUCCUAAACAACAACAGGAUGCUAUAUCGGUCAUCAAUUUUGCCAGUCCCAUGGUGGGCAACUUGGCGUUUGAAACGGCCUUUCGACAGCUAGAAGCAGAGGGCAAGAUACGAUGUUUGCGCAUCACAAAUCAUUUUGAUAUCUUCACACAGCUGCCAGACCGGGGGAAUUGGCUCUAUGUGGUAGCCUGUGCGGCUGGAUUCCAUCUCAUUGCCUAUGUGGCUUGGAGCUUGCUAUUCUUCUUGUGCUUUCAAAACAAUGUGUAUCGGCACGUGGGAAUGGAUUUACACAUUUACAAACAACGGCAAAUUCCUGCCUGGCUCAAAUGGAACAAGGUAGCACCACAGAAGCAACAACAACAACAACAACAACAACAACAGCCAAAGUAUUCUUACAAGGUCAAGCAUUCGAGAGGGACGCCAGAUAGCUUUGCCUGGAGGGUCGCGUUGGAUUGGAAGAAACACUUUAAACAAGCGGUGCAACGGCUAGUGAUGGUGCCGUUUGUGGUGGAUUUCAACACCAAUCACAGUGUCGAAGAACAUUUGCAUCGCCUGACGGGUCUUGCGGGCGAAUUGGAGGGGGUUUAUUUGCAAGACUUGUACAACAGAAAGACACCGACCAUGUCGUCACCGACAUCUGUAACAAGUCCCUUGGCAGGUGUCACCAACUGUUGUGCUGCAGAUACCUUGUCCGAUACAUGGUAG